AUGCCUAUCAAACCCACUAAACCGCCUGCCUCUGCCUCGAAAUCCCUCGUGCCUGUUGGUCCAAGGCAUGUAUCUAGAGUUGCCAAAGGCAAACGAGAUCAAGAUGAAGGGCCGCCUAAGGAAAAGGCAUCGACCACCAGGGCACUGGUUUUGCGAAAUGGCAAACAUGGAGCUAGGGGAACAGGGGAACUUAUGUUGAUGAAAAAAAUGACAGGGAGAGAGAAGUUUGAAUUAAUCGCAGAGGAGGAGGUUAAGACGGCAAUCAUGCCUCCAUUCAGUCUUGAGAAGUGCUUAAAAAUUGCAGAGUCUCAGUACGAUGCUUACCUUGACGACAUUGCGAACCUAAGAGAUCCGGACCUCUUUCGCUAUAUUAUUGAGGCCGAGUUGCAGGCGAGGUCGCGCCCUGGUUCUGAAACUCGCAGAUCUCCUACCUAUGUAGCGAAGGUCGUCGGAACGAGAAUACACAAUGCGUAUUUACUCGCUUCAGCAUGGAAGAUGGUGCAAGAUACACUCAAUGGCCUUACAAUAGACGGUUUAUCCGAUCGAAUAAUCAAGGUGCAGUUGAAGAAUAAUGAAGAUAUGAGAGAUCGCUUUUUGGUUUUGUAUGAUAUGGUGAACGUGCUGGUUGAAAUGAGCCAUGCAAAGUUUUCUGUAUUGGCGACGACUACCCCGCACUAUGCGAAAUAUUUCAAGAAGAGUGAAGUUUCAGCACCAGGAGAGGAGGAAAUGGCGUUUGAUUGGAAAGAUCUUCGUGGAGCGGCCAAUUCUUUCCUUGACUCCAUCAUCAUAGAACUUUGUUUUCCGCGUGCACCAUACCCGAAAGCCAUUUUGUACCGGAUCCUUCACGAUGCCAUCGGAGAGUCACCUCGUGAGGCCAAAAGAUUCCCUCAAGCCUUGUGGGACGCCGUUGGCGAUCUUUCGGAAUCGGUAGAAUUGCAACAAUACCUGGAAGGAGCCUUGUCUGGUUCAGAUGGUCAAUCUUGGAAGAAAUCCGCGCGGCAAAUGCCCGAAGAAUACGAACUAUGGAUUGACGCUCAGAUUCUCUCGUCGAAAGCAUCCGCAGAAAUCGCAAACUUCAAGGACUCCAUCUUCCCCCUCGAGAAAACCAGACACACCGUCGUUUUGGACAACAUGUGGAAGUUUAUCAAUCUGAACUAUCAAGCCGUUUCUGGCCAUAACAUUGACACCCUGUGGCAACUCGAAGGAGAGUUAGACUAUGCUCCGCAAUGGAGUUCCUACUACAUUCCUGAUCUUUCUGAUGAUUCGGAUGACGAUUCGGACGGUCCUCCCCGUUUGGUUUCGCCGUCGAAAGUCGGUAAAAAGAAGCGCAGACCACUUGCCAUAACUAAUGGCGCAGAUUAUGAAGGCAGUGACUCCAUGCCAGACCUACAGUCCGUCUCUAAUUCCUCCGACGAUGAUGAUCUCGAGAACGAUUCCGACGACUCCGACGAUGACGAUGACGAAGGCGAUUCUGAUGCAAGCGACUACGACGAAGAGGCAGAGGAUGAAAUACGAGAGAUGCUGAGGGAGGCCAUGGACGCUGCUCAUGAAGCUGACUGGUUUGAGAGCAACGUCUCUCCGGAGUUGGAUCCCUUUGCGCAGGAAGACCGAAAGGGAAACCCAUUUUUGAAGCUGCUGGGGUCGCUAAGAGGACGUAUGUUCCCGUCCAGUCCAAAAUUGAAAACGCCUGGUACUCGCACAGAAGCUCGACCAGGCAUCCGUGGAGCUUUCCGGGCAACCCCCUCUGGUGUUCCUAAACCACCUCCAACGACGGGUCCCCCGAAAGCAGUCCCAGUUUCCGCGAAAGUCGCAACGACCCCUGCUGCGAGCGCAAAAGUUGAACUCCCCAAGAGCCAUAAAACUACGAUCGAAGAAGUGGAGGAUGAAGAUGAUGCCCCUCUUGCAUCCAAAAAGAAGAAGAAGAAACCCAAAAAAAAGAAGAAGCCAGCCCCCGCAUCCCCAGAACCACAGGAUGUAUCCCGACGAUCAUUUUCUACUUCGCCGACACCUGCAAGUGCUCCCAAGUUGCCGACACCUCUCCAAGCUCCAGCUUCCCCGUCUCCGAAGCGCAAUCAGGCAGCUCCUCGACCUAGCACAGCUAAGCCGGCUCAGCCCCAGAUGUCAACAACAUCUCUUGCGACGCCUGUUGAGCCUACAACGGCGCAAUCGGCUCACAGUUAUCUCCGUACGCUUGAGGAGCGAGAAAAAGUCAAAGAAAAAAUUAAAUCACGUCCUGAUCAUGCUUCCCUCUUCUCUAACCCAGAAAAAGAGAAGAAAGGCUUUUUCUCGAAACUUGGCGCUGGGCUGAAAGGCAAAGGCAAAGACGAUGCGACGCCGAAGAACCCCAAAUAUACGUGGUUCUCUAAAUUAAGUAAGAAGACAACUGGAUAUAUGCACCAACUCCUUGCCACUGCGGAAGAUACGACGCAAGGGAUAGCGCCCAUGAAGUGGGAAAAUUUCCUCAAGCUUAUGAGGGAGAUGGGGUUUGAGUAUGAUCCGAGUACUGCGGGCUCCAGCGUUAGAUUUGACCCACCCAACAAAAAUGAUAAGCCUAUUACCUUCCACAAACCGCAUCCCGAUCCAACGCUUAAACCCAAGAUGCUCAAAAAUUUCGCAAAGAGACUCAAGAGGAAAUAUGGCUGGACCGAGGAGGAUUUCCUAAAUCAUGUCCCUGGCUCAAAUUACAAUGCCCUUACGACAUUUCUGAGCCAACACAUCGCUAAUUGA